AUGGGUCUCUCCACCAUCCUUCGUCGGAGGCGCGAUUCUGACGGGUCGGAGGGCAGUCCCUCCGCAGGAGCCCAGUCCACCGGCUACACUGAGAAUGCGACACUUGCGCCCACAUCUGAGACACCUUCGAUCACCAACGUCCCAGUGGACAGUCUGAAGCGGGAUCCGGAGCGCGACCUGAAGUCUGGAGAGCCGACCGUGGCCGAAGCGGAGAUCGAGGAAGAUCCUGAGAUCGCUGCUCUCCCGCUCGAGGUCCGCCAACUAGUCAGUCUCACCGAUGAUCCGACGCUGCCUACCAUCACCUUCCGCUACUUUGUGCUGUGUAUUAUUUUCGUCUGUCCCGGUGCUUUCCUCUCUAUGAUGAGUCACUUCCGUACGCGCGAGGCUCCUUAUUCCAUCUUCUUCGUCCAGAUUGCGUGUCACUACGCCGGCCACUUCUUGGCCCGAGUACUUCCAGCUUGGGAGGUCCGAUUCCCGUUCACUCGCUGGUCGUUCAACCUUAACCCCGCACCCUGGAGCAUCAAAGAGCACGUGCUGGUCACAUUGACAGCCGCGUCCGGCGCCACCUACAAUCUGGGCUACACCCCAAUUGCCAUGGCUGAGCUGUUCUACGGAGAGCGGGUCAAUGCCGGGGUUGCCAUCUUCUUCAUGUUUGCGAUUGUCUGGAUCGGAUACGCUUUUGCCGCGCUGGUGCGUCAGGUGCUGCUGUACGACCCCAUGUUUAUCUGGCCUCAGGCACUCAUGCAGACGACCCUUUUUGAGAGCUUCCGCAAACAGGAUCGAUCGUCGCCCCUUGCACGCCGACAAAUGAAGAUCUUCUUCUUUUCUCUACUUGGUAUGACGCUCUGGCAGUUCCUGCCGGAGUAUGUCUUCCCCUUCACCUCGUCACUGGCCUUCCUCUGCUGGGUUGCGCCACGCAACCCCGUGGCCAACUUCAUUGGCUCGGGUAUCGGAGGAAUGGGCUUUUUGAACCUCUCGCUCGAUUGGUCCAACAUCAACUGGAACGGGUCUUCGAUCCUUUUGACUCCUUGGUGGACGCAAGUGGUUCUCUUUGCGGCUUUUGUCUUCAACUGUUGGGUGCUCUUGCCCGCGGCCAAAUGGGGCAACUUGGGCUCGUUCAAGUACGGGCUGAUGUCCAAUUCCCUCCUGAUGGCGAAUGGCACCACCUACCCUACCCUCAAAGUGCUCACCUCCAACUAUCAACUGAAUGAGACCGCUUAUGAGCAGUACGGCCCGAUGUAUAUGGGUCUCCAGAAUGCGUGGGCGACAUUCUUCGACUAUGCCAAGAUCACUGCUGCUGUCACGUGGAUCUUGACCUUCGGCUGGACUCAGGUUUCGACCAACGUGAUGAAAUUUAUCGCCUCUCGCAAGAAGGUGUCUUCCACGCCCAACCAAGGCCUGAACUGGCAGUACCACGACCGGCUGAAUGUGAUCCAGCGGGCCUACAAGGAGGUACCCCUGUGGUGGUACCUUGCCCUCUUCAUGGCUGGGUUCGUGGCGUUGAUCGUCAUUAUCGCCUGCGGAUACCUCUGGAUUCCGAUUUGGACGCUCUUUGUCGCCCUGUCGACUGCCGGCGCGCUGGUGUUGCCGUUCGGGUUCUUAUAUGCGAUCUCGAACUACCAGAUCGCUGCUGGCUCGUUCAACGAGCUGGUGUACGGAUACAUGGUGGAGACAAAAGCGGGCGCUGGUCACCGUCACCCUUGCGGACCGUCGGUCUAUGGCUCCAUCGCCGGUGAUGCCUGGUAUCGGGCGCAGUACAUGCUCCAAGACCAGAAAAUCGGACACUACAUGCACAUCCCUCCCAAGACCGUUUUCUUCUCGCAGGUGUUCGGUACGAUCCUGGGCAUUCCGAUCAACUACGCAGUGAUCCGCUGGGUUCUGAACACCAAGGGCGAUUACCUGUCUGGGGCGACGACCGAUCCGCUCGGGCAGUGGUCUGGUCAGUCCUUGAAGUCUUCCAACACCCUUGGUGUGCAGUAUGCUGUGCUGGGACCUAGUCGUCUGUUCAAGGAAGCCGAGAUGAGGCCCCUGCCGUGGGCAUUCCUGGUGGGAGCGGUGGCACCGAUCGUUCUCUACAUUGCGCAUCGUCUGCUGCCCAAGUCGCUGCGAAUCGACCUGUGGAACGUCAGUAUCUUUUUCUCGGGGAUGGCGGUGUUCUACGGUAACUUGAGUACGGGAUACACGUCGGCCUUCAUUGGUGGAUAUGUCGUGAUGUACUGGGCGUACCGUCACCGGUUCGAGGUGUGGAAGCGGUACAGUUACAUGAUCGCGGCGGCGUUUGACGCGGGAUUCAACCUGAACAUGUUGCUGAUCUUCUUGUUCUUUGGAGCGGGCAAGCGCAUCUCGAUGCCCACCUGGUGGGGGAAUAACGCGGAUUCUGUGGAACGGUGCUUUGCGCUGGACUCAUAG